CAAACGUAAGGUCAAAAGGAAAAUAAGCAUGGCCGCUGUGUUGAGAGGAUCUCGGUUCCUAGUUGGGAGGUGUAGCAAGCAUGUUGACUUUGCAUUCGUCUCUGCAAGGUCAAUGGCCUCAAAAACUCCGGUGGGGUUUGUUGGUCUGGGAAAUAUGGGAAACCCAAUGGCAAAGAACCUACUAAACCACGGAUACCCGGUUAUUGCUACCGAUGUGUUCCCGGAGUCCUGCAAGGAACUGCAAGAGCUGGGUGCACAGAUUGUGGAUAAUCCUGGUGAGGUAGCAGACAAGGCUGACCGAAUUAUUACCAUGCUCCCCUCUAGUCCCAAUGUCAUAGAUGUAUACACUGGACCCAAUGGCAUUCUUAAAAAGGUAAAGAAAGGCUCCCUACUGAUCGACUCCAGCACCAUCGACCCGUCUGUUUCAAAAGAGAUGGCUGCUGCUGCUGAGAAGAUGGGUGCAGUUUUUAUGGAUGCACCUGUAUCAGGAG